AAAAAAAAGAAGAGAAUUCAGAUAUUCUAAUUCGAAAACCAUUAUUCCAUAGGCAAACUCCACAUUUCUACUUUACUUUUCUUAUACACAAUUCCAUUCUUUAACAUUUCUUUCUGCUUAGAUAUAAAAUAUCUGCUUAUGCCAUUUGUUCUCUGCUUUUGUGUAUACUUUCUCAGGUAUUUUUACUCUCAAAGCCAUGAAAGAUCCACAAGGUGCAUAUCAAUCACCCUUUAAGUCGUUAUACGACAAGUUGCAAGACAUACUUUGCUGUUCUACGUUGCCAAACAGCUAUAAGAGACUAGACGCGGCCCUUGAGAGGAAAAUGGUGGAGAUGAAGAGGAACCCUUCGAGGAAUAACAAUUUCAAAUCAUUCGACAGCAUAAUCAUGAAAUUCCCUCAGUUCAGAGAGGGGCUGAAAGAGAUUAGGAACAUAUUCGAGCAGUAUGAUGAAGACGUGAAUGGUACUAUUGACAAUGAAGAGCUGAAGAAAUGCUUGCACGUGUUCGAGUUCAGCAUUAGUGAUGAGGAAAUUGGUGAUCUUGUCGCCUACUGUGACAUAGACGAAAAGGAAGGGAUACAAUUGAAGGAGUUUAUAGUUGUUGUAUUUCUCACUUAUCUCCUCAUGGAUGCUCCGGCUUCACCUAACACGCAGAAACUGAAGAUGUGUUCGCCUCAGAUUGAAACGACCUUGAAUGCGAUAAUUGAGGUGUUCUUAUUUCUUGACAAGAACGGUGUUGGGAAGCUGAAGAAGAAGGAUGUCGUCAAGGCAUUAAACGAGGCUUCUCCCAAGGAGAAAUCUCCUUCACACAUCACACACAGCCGUUUUAGUUAUGAACCCUCCUUUUUCUUCGAUAAUUUCAAUAUUUUGCGUAGUACAUGGUUUAUUACUAGCAAGAGGUGUGUUUGGCUUUUAACAGUGGCAUUGUUGCUUAUGCAGAGGAAAUGGACUGGGAUAAGAACGGGAAGGUUAGCUUCAAGGAAUUCCUUUUCUCGUUUAUCAGUUGGGUCGGGUUUGAGUGUGACGAUGAAGAUCAUGAAGAGUAGCUUCUACUAUAUGACUGAAGCAGGAGACCUGUUUGAAACAAGGUUAAGAGUCAUGUAGAUUUGAUAACUUCUACAAAAUGUACAUACUGAUUCAUACAAAUAUUUGUAUGUUCAUUUGUUUGUAUGAUAUUAUUUCCAUAGUAUUCCUUGAUUGAUUUUGGAUC